AAAGUCAUCUUUUUUGGUAAAGAGUGAAAUUUCUAUAGCAUUUUAAUGAAUGAUUCCACAAACGAAGAAGAAGCAGAGAGUUUGUUAUAAAGAAAGGAAAAAAACCUCAGAUAAGAGCAAAGCAGAGAAGAAGAUGCAUCAAGAUCAACAUCAUCCCGUUGGUGCUCCUCCUCCUCAAGGGUAUCCUCCAAAAGAAGGAUAUCCACCAACGGGAUAUCCUCCGGCGCCAGGUUAUCCUCCGCCGCCGCAAGGGUACGGCCAGGCAUAUCCGGCACAAGGCUAUCCUCCUCCGCAGCAAUAUCCUCAAGGUCCUCCACCGCAAUAUCCUUAUCAAGGUCCUCCACCACCACAUUAUGGCCAGGCUCCACCAAAGAAGAAAAAAGAUAAAGACUCAGGCUUUGUCGAAGGAUGUUUGGCUAUGCUCUGCUGUUGUUGCCUCUUGGAAGCUUGCUUUUGAUUUUGGAGGAAAAUAUGAUAUCGCCGUUGACCUUCUUGGGGAUGGAUGCAACCUUAUUCUAUCGAAAUUUUAUUUUUUUAAAUGUUUAAAAAGACGUGUUUGAUCAAAAACAUUUAGAUUUCUUUUCUUCUGGUUUGUGUGUGCAGAUGUUGUAUGUACAUGUGUGUUCACGUUCUGUGUUUGUUUCUGUUCUAUAUUUUAUUUUAUUUUUGGUUAUGAAUUCAAAUUUGAGUUCA